AUGAAGCAUUUUCUCGCAUGUCCAGUCAUUUUUGUAGCUUUAUUAUUAUGUAAAAUUCAAUGUUCUAAAAUACUAAUGGUAUAUCAAAUGCCUGCGCACAGCCAUUAUUCGUUAGGAUUACGAAUUGCAAAAGAAUUGGCUGAAAGAGGACAUCAAGUAACUGUAAUUAAUCCAUACCCUCAAAAAACACCAAUUAAAAAUUUUAGAGAUGUGUCAGUUGAGGAACAUAUAGAAUUCAUUGAAGAGUUCAAGAGAAGUCUAUUUUCGAGAAACUCGAUGAGUCUUUAUGAAAAUAUAAAUUUUCUGAUACGACUUGGCGCCGAGUUAACUAAUCAAACACUUGGACAUAAAAACGUCAAAAAAUUGCUACGUUCUGGUGAAACUUUUGAUAUUCUAAUUGCAGAAUAUUUUUUUAACGAUGCUAUUAUCGGUCUGGGCUAUUAUUUCAAAAUUCCGAUCGUUCUAACAGCCCCUAAUGCUAUCAGCGGCGUUAACAAUAAUCUCUUCGCUAACCCGACUCCGGCUUCGUAUGUGCCUCACGUCUUAAGCCAAUAUAACAAACAUAUGAAUUUCUGGAAAAGACUUCACAACUGCUAUAUCGUGAAUUUAAGUAAUUUGAUGAAAGAAUUUAUUUUAAUGCCUCGCCAUCGGAAAAUUUUUAAACAACACAUAUCUCAAGAUGUUGAAUUAGAUGAAACGCUGAAUAACGUGAGUUUAGUACUUACAAAUUCUCACGUUAGCGUCACUGAUGCUGUUCCUCAUCAACCAAACAUGAUCGAAAUUGGAGGAUAUCACAUAUAUCCACCUAAAAAACUACCGGAAGAUUUACAAAAAUUUCUUGAUAAUGCUAAAGAAGGUGCAAUCUUGUUUUCGAUGGGUUCAAAUCUGAAAAGCCAGGAUUUGAAACCAGAAAUGAAGGCCGGAAUUCUGGCAGCUUUUUCAAAAAUUAAGCAAAAAGUUUUGUGGAAAUUUGAAGUCGAAUUUAAGGAUGUUCCAGAUAAUGUUAAAAUUGUGAAUUGGGUGCCGCAGCAAGACGUUCUUGCACAUCCAAACAUUAUCGCAUUUAUUUCUCAUGGGGGUCUACUUAGCACCAUCGAGACGGUUUACCAUGGAGUUCCAAUAAUUGGUAUUCCUGUUUUUGGUGACCAACAAAGUAAUAUUGCAACUGCGGUAGCUAACGGUUACGCUAUCAGCAUCAAUUUGUUCGAACUAAACGAAGUUAAAUUAUCAUGGGCUUUGAACGAAAUAUUUAAAAACCCAAUGUAUAGAGAAAAUGCCAAACAACGCUCAAAACUAAUGCAAGAUCAGCCCUUAAAACCCAUUGAUGUUGCUAUUUAUUGGGUGGAACACGUAAUAAGACACCAAGGAGCCCCUCAUUUACGUUCCGCUGCCCUUGAUUUGUCAUGGUACCAAAGGGAGAUGGUAGAUAUUUUUGGUUUUCUUGGUCUUAUUGUAGUAGCAAUAUGUACAAUUAUUUAUUUAAUUUUCCAGUCAGUAUUUAGGGUAUGUUUUAAUACAAAAAUUAAGAUAAGCAGUGGGAAGAAAAAUAAGUAAUGUGUUUGAAAUUAGUGCAGAUCCUCAUAAAUUUAAUUUAUGUAAUUUAAUAUUAAGUUACCUCAAAAUUAAAUAAAAUUGGAGUCAAUUCUUAGC